CUUAACUGUGAACCUCGCCAACGUCGGUCCCGCUAAGUUACAACUUGUGCGCGCUUUCCGUCUCGCCUAACCAGGCGUCGCCUCCUCCUUUCUUUACCUCCUUCAUUUCCCUUACGUCCUUUCAUCCUGGCUUCAUUGUUCCGACAGCCGUCGCCACGGUCGCCUGCGCCGCCCUCAUCAUUUCCAACCAAUCUGCAACCGGUUGGGUCCAGGGAUCCCAAUGGCUUGUAUAGACGCGGUUCUCGCACAGACUUAGAUUUCGAACAGGCUCUCCGUGGAGAGGGGACUGUACUUAUCAAGGAGAGUCUGGACAUAGACACACUGGGUGUUCUGGACACCACAAGUUCCACGAUCAGCCCAUUCUCUUCGCCCUCACCACCACCGAAAACUCCCUACAUGCACUUCCAACCCGCAACACCCACCAUAGUACCACCCACCCCAAGCCCAAGUAGUCGCGUCAAUGGAGGUAACUCAUCUUCGCGCGGCCAGAGUUCAAUGUCUAGUGGCAGCGAUAUUUUCUACGACGCGGAGGAUAGUGACUUGCAGACCAAGCGCCGCUCAAUGUAUCGCGCAGCUGGGACAGCAAGCAGCCCUGACCUCGCUACUCUUUUACGCAAAGCGAAGGCUCGAGAAGGAACUCCAAAUAAAGACGUGAACAGAUCGAGUAGCGCAGCUCUACCUCCUCUGACACCCAACAGGCUCCGUGUUGAUGAUGCUGAUGCCACUCAAAGAUCUCGCCAGCGGACUAACGCUACUAGUCCUUCCUCCUCACCCGUUCAGCAACGCACUCCGCUUUUGAAAGGAAAGGCCCGAGGAUUGGGCAAUCCGCAAGCGGUGAACGGUGGCCAAAGCCCUGAUUGGGUUUUGACAAGCCCGCGCUCAAUGAGCAACAUGAAGGAUACCGCCAGUAAAUCAUCUGUACGGCAAAAAGCUGCCGCGUUUUUCGGAGGAAUGUUAAGUAGUAGUUCAAGCACUCGAGAGCGUUCUAGAACAAUUACGCCGUCUUCAUCCAAUCAAUCAUACUCGGCGCCAGGAUUUCUCAACGCAUUUGCUCCUCCUGUUCCACCCCUUCCUUCCAAAGUAAAGCGUCAUGUAUCCAUUACUUCAGAGGAUGCGGACGUCUUCACCAGCCCUUCAGGAUCGUCUGAUAUGCAGAAACCGCUGCCACAAAUUCGGAAGCGUUCAAAGGACCCAGAACCCGAACCCGAACAGCAUUCGCUGGAUGAAUCGUUGGUCAUGGUUUACCAACCACAAUCGCGUUCACCCUCACCCACUACGACUGUUACUCAUGAAACCGUCAAGCCUCUAUCCGCCUCCCGAAGAAAGCGAAGAAGUAUGAGUGUCAGCGAUGCAGAAUUGAAGAAGACCAUGGCAGCUUCUUUCGGCACGACCACCUUCAACCCACCCCGUCUAUCUAGGGAAGAGAAACGAUCAGAGGACUCAACAGGAUGGGCGUCCACCUUGAGUGGUAUCAUUACCGACUUGAAAGGUGAACUCGACCAGCUUGACCCUAUUUCUGCAUCGUUAGACCUUCGAGAUCCUUCUACACCUGGGCGGCGUCCACCAUCUCGCUCCAAGAGCGAUAACGCUGCUACCAUCACUAAAGCCUCUCAGCGUCCGCCUGCAAGGACAUCUAUGUCGACGCCUACUGAAGUUGAACAGCGAACACCAACGGUAACACUUCAAGCGGCUUCGGGGGUGGAGGAGUCGCUUCUGGCUUCGGUACUGUCUUCCCCUAAUGAACCUUCAUCUUCACCUAACGAGCCUCUCGUUCCUCCUCGUGUUUCUUCUCUCCAGGGCACCUCUGGUCGUUCUCGUUCGGGUUCCGCCAAUUCCGCUCAACCUCGUGUCAGUGGCUUACGGUAUGGUCCAAGAUCCCCGUCAAUAUCGCGAGGAGUGAGCCAUUUGGCAUCUCCUUCGCGUGAUACGAAUCGGUUACGCAUCCAACAUCGUUCGACUGCCUCCAGCUCAGAGCCGUCACUGAUACCAACUAGGGACGAUGGGCGUGUCCAUUCAACGAUUGGAGCAGCUUCACAGCAGGAUCUGACUACUAACGGCCUGGCUCUUUCUCGGAUUGUUUCCAGUCAUUCUCCAGCUCGAAAUGAUGAAAGCAGAGAUAUUAACACUCGAGGAAAGGAAUUAGCUGCUAAGUGCUGGGCGGAAGACGAGGAGUUUUUGGCCAAGGACAAGAUCGCUGAGUGGUUGGGUGGACAGAGCCCAAUUAAUAAGGUGGCCCUCCGACAUUACAUGGACAACUUUGAUUUUUCUGGCUUGCGACUAGACAUUGCAUUCAGACGUCUUUGUGCCAAGCUUUUCCUCAAAGCUGAGACCCAACAAGUGGAUCGCAUUCUUGAUGAAUUCGGUAGACGGUACUGGGACUGCAACCCGACUAGUAUCUUUGGUAGCGCAAGCGUCGUCCAUGCGGUCUCAUACUCCUUGUUACUACUGAACACCGACCUCCAUGUUGCUGACCUCUCUUCUCGGAUGUCGCGCGGACAGUUCGUUCGCAAUACUAUUACCGCCAUUCAGAUGCAACUUCAGCCGAUCGCCACUCGCAGUGGUUCGGCUACGGAUGUUUCGCCGGAUGACUGGAGCAGUCUUCGUGGUGGAUCUGAUGGCAGUGACCCUCCAGCUCCUGUUUUCACUAAACGUGUGAAGCGGAGUGAUAGUAUGACCAGUUGGAGUAGUGUCACUCGUGAUGGUCUUAGCUCUAUGUUCAUGCAGGCUUCAAGCGGUCAGCUCUCAACGACGCCUUCAGAUACCCCAGCUCAAACGUCCGGGCGACAAACACCUCUCAACUCGAGUCGUGUCUCUGUCAUUUCAUCGGGCCAAGAGUCAAGAGUCAAUGAAGGCAGUACGCCGACGUUCGCGUACGAUCGCAAUUGGGAACAAGAGAUGGAAAGUCUGUUAAAGGAAAUUUACGCAGCUGUGAAGAACCAGCAAAUCCUCCAGCCGAUCAGUGCUGCUCGACUCUCAAUGUCUUCGCUGAGCCCCCAUAAUGCAGUUCUACGUUCUCGAAGUCUGCGAGCUCAACCUGACAGGUUGACAACUUUGAAGCGUGGCAGUAUUCGCGGUCUUCAAUCCAUCCUAACGGCUCAAACAGGCUAUAGCCCGUACAGCAGUAAUAGUAGCUUUGACGGACGAGCAAGUCCUGCUCCGAGCUUCGCAACUUCACACGAGGGCCUACAUGGUUCUUCGGUCUCUUUCUUGACUCCAGCACUUGGAUUCGCAUCUAACCUCUCACAUACCAUCAUCCGUGAAACACAAGAAGACGACACCCAUAGCAUGAAGAGUGAUCAAUCUUUAUCAACCGACAUCAGUAUCUCAGACGAAGAGCUUGCUCUUCUUGGACCUCCGUGGGCAAAGGAGGGUAUGCUAUGUCGUAAACAAUACUGGGAGUCGACUGGUAAAAGGGCCAAGUCCCGAGCCUGGAUAGAUGUUUUCGUUGUCAUUCAGAAAGGCGAGCUCAGUAUGUUUGUCUUCGGUGACCAUGCCAGCGGAGGCGGUGGUAUUGUGGGUGGCGGUAACUGGCUUGAAAAUGCUGAUCCCAUGGGUUCGGUGCAACUAGCGCAUUCCUUGGCACAUUCCCUCCCUCCACCAGGGUACAACCGGCAGCGGCCGCAUUGUAUGGUGUUAACGCUAUCCAACGGUGCUGUAUACUUCUUCCAGGCAGGUACCGAGGAAUUAGUCAACGAGUGGGUAUCAACAUGCAAUUACUGGGCUGCAAGGCAAAGCAGGGAGCCUCUAUCUGGCGGUGUGUCGAAUAUGGAGUACGGUUGGAACCGCGUCUUGGAUCCAGUGACUCGUACACGGUCGAUAUCCGAAGAUAACUAUAGCAGAGACGACGACAGUUGUAGUGUUCGCAGCGGUCGAAGUCGCUUCGGCAAGAAGGAAUUUGCAGCCACAGUGCGAACGGACAAGUCUCCUUGGCAGGAUCGUACCUUUAUCAAUGAUUGGAAGCCUCCCAUGCCACCAUCAGUUGCUAGCACUCAUGAUGAAGAAGCUCAGCUGGAGGCUUUACGGAAGCAUGUGACGUUCCUCAAAACGGAGCUUCAGGAGCACAACGAGCUGAGGACGCCUAUGAUGAAGCUGUACGCACCUCGCUCAGCGAACGCUGCUAAGGCUACAGCGAAUUGGGAGAAGAAGUCCCAAUAUCUUCUCACAGAGAUUGUGAAGUACGAGUCAUACAUUGAUUCGUUGCAAGCUGCGAUGUCUCUACGGCUGAAGAAACGUGGUGAAAAGGCACUGGAACGUGCCUUGGUGGUCGCAAGCCCUACCUCUGACGAUGAACCUGUCGGGAAAGGCAAAUGGAGAGGGCAUCCUGAAGAAGAGACGAUCGAGGAAAGCGAGGAACCUCCACCUACUGCACCCUUAGAUGGCUCGCCGGACCAUCGCCACUUCCAUCGACGCGAGAUUGCAGAAAUCGACGGCAGCGACGACGAGACGGACGACGACAGGUGAAAUAUGUCUCUUGCGAUGACGUAUAUGCGUUAUGUAUUCCCUAGGAUAUUAUCGACCUGGUGUUUUCUAAUGGUCUGUCGUUACUCAUGCUUUUGCCCAUAUUCUGGAUUACAUGUAUACCCGUUGUUUCAACAUUUACCAUGCUUUGGAUUCCAUGUUACAUACAUUCACUGAGCCGAUUUGAAGUGAUAAAUCUAUAUAUAUUGUGAAGGGGUAUCAGGGGGGCUGUGAAGAAGCUUCAGAUAUCCGCUCAUGAGAAACGUUCGGCUCCAACGAGGAAAAUAUAAAGAGUUCAUCUG